AUGACGAACAAACUUGAUUGUUCGGGAGUUUAUCGCAUUAAAUGUGGCAACUGUGAGCAAAAGUAUAUUGGUGAAACAGGAAGAAAAAUUGGCCAACGAAUCAAGGAACAUCAAAGACUCUACAGGAACAUGGAUACGAAAACAUUCGAAAUAGCGAAACACAUUGCACGAACAGAGCACGAAAUCGACUGGAAAUCGACCGAAAGGUUGGCUGCAUAUGGUGAAAAUACGAGAAAACGCAAGAUCCGAGAAGCCAUCGAGAUACUGACCGAGAGAAACCUAAUGAACAGGAGACUUGAAGGUGACAAGAACAGCGAAAACUAUGCAUAUUGCCUAAACGAACUCAGAGAAGACCAGGCAACAGUAAGAUCAGAAAAAAAGAAGACUAUGCGAUCAUGGUAA